AUUUAGUAACACCAAUUUUUGUCAAAAUGUUAAGUAGAGGGGUUUUGUUACUUUUUGCCAUAGCAGCGUAUGUACAGGGAACACCAGUUCAAAAGGGAUGGUUGAAAGGAGGGGCCGAUGUACCCAAUGUCCCAUUAGUGAAACAUGGCAACAAAGCCUACUUUCUUGGAGUUAACUACAAGGCAAACUUCCAAGAGGCUCUCCAAUUCUGUGAUGUCCUUUACAUGAAACUAUUGACCAUUGACUCAGAAGAGGAAAACGAUGCGAUCAAAAAAAUUAUUUUGGAUAAUAGGUCCACUGGUACCGAGUACUGGACUUCUGCUGCCAACUUCCUGGACAACAGAAACUUUGUAUGGAUGAGUACGGGAAAAACUGUAGAACAUACAAAGUGGGAAAACGGAGAGCCUAGUUAUAAUGGUGAAAAAUGCGUCCAGUUGUGGGAAAAAAAUAACGAUAUUCUCUGGAACGAUAGAGACUGCAACACCAAGCUCAACUUUAUUUGCCAAAGGGAAAACCACGAAGCUGUUCCAGCAGUAGCAUCAGCGGUGGUUCCUCCAGCAGCUGUUGGCAAACCAUCCUACAGCCCAAACAUUAACAUGUUGAGUUUUAACGGCAAAAACUAUUAUUUCUCAAGGGAUUAUAAAGGUAGAUUCACUGAAGCAGCCUUUUAUUGCAGAAUGCUCCAUAUGAGUCUUGUAACUAUCAACUCUGCCGAAGAAAACCAAGCUAUAGAGAAAUAUAUCAGAGAUAACAAUCUUGGAUCCAGAUGGUGGAUUGCUGGUACUAGACUAUUAGACGACACCUGGACCUGGUUCACAAACGGUCAACCAAUCGAGUACACCAAAUGGGACAAAAACCAGCCAGACAACAUAAACGAAAAGUGCAUAAACCUUCAACACACAAACGAAAACGGACUCUUCUGGAACGAUAUCAACUGCAACGAGCAAUUUCCCUUUAUCUGCGAGAAAGUCACUGGGGAAAACGUUCAACGUGUUAAAAGAGACGCGUUCAACGAGGAAGAGGACCCAGACGCAGAUGAAUUUGUUAACGCUGUUUAUGCUGCCAUUGUCGAAGAUGAUGGCGGAGAACAAACUCAAGUUGCUACUGUAGCAACAACCGAAGAAGACGACGACGAACUGGAACCUGUUACCGAUGAGGAAUGGCAGGCAGCUAUGGAAGACACUCCACCAGGAUUUUUGACUUACACUUACAAUGCUGGUAAAAAGUAUCACAUUGAACUAGAAAUGUUGGGUACACAAAAGCAAGCUCAAGUUUUUUGUGAAUACCACGGUCUUCAGUUGCUAGCCAUUGAAAAUGACCAAGAAACUGAAAGUACCAAAAAGGUACUUGAAGAUGUCGGUGAAGAUGGCCCAUUCUGGAUCUCCGGAAGAAGACCACUCUCAGACUGGAGAUGGUUGAGAAUCAAUCGUCCAAUUAUUUACCAAAAAUUAGAACCCAACGAAACCUUAUUCGUUGAUGACAGAACCUGCUUAACGAUUCUAUUAAACGGUAUCUGGAGGCUAGAAAAGUGUGAAAAGGUCAGACCUUUCAUUUGUGAGAAUCAAGAAAAGGCAGUUCCCGGUGGCCAUGUCCCGAAAGAUGACGUCGUUGGUAAUGUUGGUAAAGACAAUGACAAGAAAGAAGUCGCGCCUUCUGCAGCACCUGUUUAUAAAAAGAACUGUCUGGUUAAACCAAUUGUUAAUGUGUACAUUAACAACAACUUGGUGUCUUCCGGUGUUAGUUUAGCACGUGGAGCAGAUGAAGGUCACAAGAAUCAAGGCACAUAUUCUGUUAAUGUUAACAACAGCUUAAGACCAUGUGGAAAUAAAUAA